AAAGUUAUUUUUUAUUACUAAAGAAAAUUUAAUUAAUUAUAUUUUAUUUUAACAAUGAAACUUUGUUUUGAAUUUUACAAAUACAUAAAUUACAAAGAUUUUUUUUUGUAACAUCAUUUAGAAUGAUAAUCGAUAAAGAAUUUGCUAUUACGAUGUAUUGAAUAGUUCAAUUAAAUUUGUUGCAGGAUACGAUACUGCAUAUAAACUUUCUAUAAACAUAUAUGAAGAGGUGUCAUUUAUGAAAAUCAUAUAAAACCAAUUUUUUUUAACGAAUAAUUAUUUAUAUUUUGUAUGUUUUAUAAUUAAUUUAAAUUUUGAAAUGGAAAAGAAUCUAGAAAAAACAUUAGAUGAUGUAAAUAAUACUGAAGGUAUCAUUGGUUGUAUAUUGGCUGAUCAUGCUGGAUUAUGUUUAGGAGUUAAAGGAAAUGCAUCUACUGACAGCGCAGGAAUAAUUGCAGCUAUUGCCGAUCAAGUCGCAAAAUUAGAACCUAAAUCACCAUCUCCAAUUAUUUCUCUUCAAAAUGAUAACAGGAAAUGCCUUAUACAACGCCAAGGUGCAGUAGUAGGUGCCAUUUAUAAGGAUGUUUCUAUGUAAAAUAGUUUUUUACUCAAAUUGAUAAUAUUAUUUAAUAGAUUAUAUUUAAACAAAAAAUAUUAAGCUUCAUUAUGUAUAUGUUAUUUUGUUAAUUAUACAUAAACUUAAUUUAUUACAUUAUAAAAUAAAUAAUUUUAUAAUGUAUUUUCUAAGAUGAAAAAACUUGUACUUGAUUUUGAUCAUAAUAAUAUAGAAAAUACUAUAACUAUUAAA